AUGCAAAGAAUCGAGCAGAUCAAGUCGCGCUUCAGCCACUCGCAACUGGACGGCGGUCAAACUCUAGCCGCCAUCGUCGACUUGUUGUGCCGCUUCUUCGGUAAAGCAAAAGCAAAGGACAAGAUGGUGGAGCUCCUCUGUGCGGUCGCUGGCAUCGCCAUUACCAUGCACUCGGUCCGGCUAUUCUACGCGAGGUUUAGUCCAUGA